GUGAGUCUGCGCGGGAAGUGGAAAUCGGCGCUGAGGAGAAGCGGCGAGAGGGCCGCCCGGGCGGCGUCAGCUUACCUCGUCUCUACGCGCUGCUGGGCUCGCGGCCGGCGGUCCGGCCCCUCCGCCGCAGCUGCCAUGUCCAUGAAGGGCCGCUUCCCGAUACUCCGCACCCUGCAGUACCUGGGCCAGGGGGACAUAGUGUUCAAGGAGUCGGUGAAGGUCAUGACGGUGAACUACAAUACGCACGGGGAAUUGGGCGAGGGCGCCAGGAAAUUCGUGUUUUUCAACAUACCUCAGAUCCAGUAUAAGAACCCCUGGGUACAGAUCAUGAUGUUUAAGAACAUGACGCCAACACCCUUCCUGCGGUUCUAUUUAGAUUCCGGGGAGCAAGUCCUUGUGGACGUGGAGACCAAGAGCAAUAAGGAGAUCAUGGAGCACAUCAAAAAGAUUCUGGGGAAGAAUGAGGAAACCCUCGAGAGAGAGGAGCAGGAGAAAAAACAGCUUUCUCACCCAGCCCACUUUGGUCCCCGAAAGUAUUGCCUGCGGGAGUGCAUCUGUGAGGUGGAGGGGCAGGUGCCCUGCCCGGGCCUGGUGCCAUUGCCCAGGGAAAUGACAGGGAAGUACAAAGCAGCUCUGAAAGCCAGUGCCCAAGACUGAGGCCCCAGAAAAGCCCCUGGUCCUAUUCCCCGAAAGACUGAAAAUCUCUUUGCAAUAAAAGGGUCUCCUUUA